AUGACGCAGCUAACAACUCCUCCUCCUCCCCCCGAACAAAAAGUCGCCCCAGCAGGCCACCAACCCCACGGCCAAGCCCCCCAGUUCACCCUCUCCCGCCUGCGCCGCCGCGACCUCAACCCGCACUCCCCGAUCCCCCAGUUCCACGCCUGGUUCUCCCUCGCGCAGCGCACGCCCUCCAUCUCCCAGCCCGAGGCCUGCACCCUGUCCACGGCGGAGCUGCCCUCGGGCCGCGUCUCCUCCCGCGUCGUCUACCUCAAGGAGCUCGAUUCGCAUGGCUUCGUCAUGUACACCAACCUCGGCACCUCGCGCAAGGCCCGCGACCUCGCCACCAACCCGCACGCCUCCCUCGUCUUCUACUGGCCGCCCCUCCAGCGCCAGGUCCGCGUCGAGGGCGUCACCGAGACGAAUUCCCGCGAGGAGAGCCAGACCUACUUCGACACCCGCGUCAGGGGCAGCCGCAUCGGCGCCUGGGCCAGUCGCCAGUCCACCCAAGCCAUAGAGGAGGCUGAAGAAGAAGAGGAAGACGACGGAAGGGCCCAGCUGGAAGAAUGGGUCCACGAGGUCGAGGAGCGCUUCAAGGGCCAGGACAAGAUCCCCGUGCCCGACUUCUGGGGCGGCCUCCGCCUCGUGCCGCAGCGCGUCGAGUUCUGGCAGGGCAGGGAGAGCAGGCUGCACGACCGCUUCGUGUACGAGUGGGAGGAGGGCGAGGACGGCAAGGAGGGCAAGUGGAGGCUCGAGAGGUUGAGUCCUUGA